AUGCUAGCAGCUCCUCCUCCAAUGGAUUUCUCUGUCGACAUGAGCUGUGAUAUAAAAGUGAACAAUAGCUGCGAGCUUUGCAAUCGAAAAGUGAAUGAAGUUAUGCAGUCUCUCACAGCAUUUUACUCUGUGACUUAUCUUGGAGAAAACAACACAAUUAAGCUCAAGGCGAGAGCUAACCCUAAUGUGAUUAUGGGGAUCAGUCACAAGUACGGCGAUCACGGCAAGAUCACCAACUUCCAUAUGAACGGCCAACCCGUCACCCCUCAACCUGGCGGCGGCUGUUAUUACGGUCCAUCAGGCUAUAACCUUCCUUCCAACGCCCCCGGUUAUUAUCCUUACCCUUCUCCUUACGCUCCACCGCCGCAGUUUCUCCCCGGGAACUAUGGCUACCCUUGGCCUAAUCCACCGCCGCCGCAGAAGGAGAGUACUCCACAGGGGAUAUAUAAGCAGCAUACAGCGCCGCCGGCUUAUGUUAUGCAGCCGCCACCGCCAAUGCCGUUGUCUAGUUACUCUUAUAUUGAACCUCCGUAUUGGCCGAUGAGUGGGAGGUGA